CCUUCUAUAAGAUGCAUCCAGAAUGAACACACCAAAUUCACACUUGCUCAUAAUAUGAAUUUGUUCAACUUCAACAUGUCUUUCCUCAUUGUUUGCAUAUUCUUCAUCACUAGCCUGCCCAAAUAUUCUGCAUCUCAGACACCAAAUAAAAGUAGUUUACAAACCUACAUUGUUCUUGUCGAGGCACCUGAUGACGGCGCAAGUAUCAUGUCGGAAUCCGAAGAAUUGGAGAGCUGGUACCGCUCUUUCCUACCGGCCGCCACCACCGCAAGCUCGGGGGAAGACGAGGCGCGUCUCGUCUACUCGUACCGCCACGUGUUCAAGGGGUUCGCAGCCCGGCUUUCGGCCGACCAGGUGAAAGAAAUGGAGAAGAAGAGAGGGUUCGUGUCAGCACGGCCACAGAAAUCGAUGUCGCUGCACACAACACAUUCUCCCAACUUCCUGGGGCUCAACCCGAACACGGGCUUGUGGAAGGAGAGUAACUACGGGGAAGGUGUGAUCAUCGGUGUGCUCGACACGGGAGUGCUGCCCGAGCACCCUUCGUUCACGGACGAAGGAAUGCCGCCUCCCCCGGCUAAGUGGAAGGGGAAGUGCCAAUUCAACCACACCACAUGCAACAACAAAAUCAUCGGAGCCAGAUACUUCAACGCGGAGGACCAGAGCCCCCUGGACGACGACGGCCACGGGACCCACACGGCGGGCACUGCUGCUGGGAGAUUCGUCCGAGGUGCCAAUCUGUUUGGCAUCGCCAACGGCACUGCUGCUGGCGCCGCGCCACUUGCUCACCUAGCCGUAUACAAAGUGUGCUGUGGCGAAAGCGACACCCUUGCCGGUAUGGAUGCCGCGAUUGAGGAUGGAGUCGACGUGCUCUCGAUCUCUCUCGGCUCGGUAACGGAUAACUUGUACGAUGAUUCUAUAGCAAUCGGAGCAUUCAGCGCGAUGGAGAAGGGGAUCUUCGUUAGCUGCUCAGCCGGAAACAACGGUCCCCUUUUCUCGUAUGUGGGAAACGGGGCACCUUGGAUUCUGACGGUGGGAGCAAGCAGCAUAGACAGAAAGCUGACUGCAAAAGCAGUGCUCGGAAACAACCAACAAUUUGAGGGCGAAUCAGCUUUCCAACCGUCCAACUUUCCGCAAAAGCAGUUCCCCCUGGUGUAUGCAGGGAUGCUCAACGCUUCCGAUGAAGAUGCGCCUUACUGCUACAACGAAUCACUCAGCCGAAGCGACAUCCGAGGUAAGAUAGUGGUGUGUGAGCUAGGUGGAUUUUUGACAAGGGUCGAAAAGGGAGCAGCCGUGAAGAGUGGCGGCGGCGUAGCCAUGAUUCUCUUAAACUUUGAGUAUUACGGAAACACCGUUACGACGGAAGCCCAUGUCCUCCCAACCACUCACGUCACCUACGCCGCCGGACUCAAGAUCAAAGCUUACAUAAACUCCACAGCAGCGCCCACCGCCACUAUUUCUUUCCAAGGGACCGUGAUUGGUGAUGACCGUGCACCAGUCGUCGCUUCGUUUUCCUCCAGGGGUCCUAACUUUCCAAGCCCUGGAAUCUUGAAACCCGACAUUUUAGGACCCGGAGUCAAUAUUCUUGCAGCGUGGCCCACUUCCGUGGAAGGCAACCCCACCACAAAGUCCAACUUCAACGUACUUUCGGGCACCUCAAUGUCGUGCCCGCACCUCAGCGGCGUGGCGGCUCUGCUCAAGAGCGCGCAUCCCGACUGGUCUCCCGCCGCGAUCAAGUCCGCCAUCAUGACCACCGCGGACGUCGUGAACCUCGCAGGUAACCCGAUCGAGGACGAGAAGUACCUCCCGGCCGACAUCUUCGCCACGGGAUCGGGCCACGUGAAUCCAUCCAGAGCUAAUGAUCCGGGGCUCGUGUACGACGUCCAGCCCCAAGACUACCUUCCGUACUUAUGCGGCCUCAACUACACGAACCGCCAAGUCGGGACGUUCCUGCAGCGGAGGGUGAAUUGCUCGGUCGAGCCAAGGAUACCGGAAGCAGAGCUGAACUAUCCUUCAUUCUCUAUCAACUUAAACAACAGAUCAACUUCCCAGGUUUACACCCGGACCGUCACAAACGUAGGCGACCCGGUCUCGUCUUACCAGGUGGAGAUCUCGCCGCCACAGGGAGUUGAAGUCCGUGUCGAGCCGACCACGCUCAAGUUCACCGAGAUGAACCAGAAACUGCAGUACGAGGUCACGUUCAGCCGGCUGGCCUCGGCUCCGAAUAAGCCGUUCGUACAAGGAUUCUUGAAAUGGACAUCUCCCAGUCGCUCUGUUCGGAGCCCUAUUGCAGUUAUAUUGUCUUAAAUGUUGCUGGAAUGAAUCAUGUCUGAAACUAGGAUCAUAAUAGUUUCAGAUUUAUAGACUUAUGUGAGAUGCCUAUAUCUAUGAAGAAUAAUUGAUUUCUGCUUAAUUCAAAAUUAUAACAAAAUCAGUGAAAUUAUGUUGUCAAAAUAUUGAAAUUUGUCCCACAUCGGUUUCUGAGCAAAGAUAUAUGGCGUAUAUAUGAAGUGAAAGAACAUAGAUUGACGCCGAGCCUUGUAACGUGGGCUUGUGACCCGAGUGGGGGCAAUAAGGUGGUUGGACGUUGGGCCAUUUCCGGUCAGCUGGGCUUCGGGCAGCGUUUCUGGCUUGCCCGUUCCAAGCGGCGGAGUUGGGCUGCGCGGCCCGUUCGAAGGGACGGGCCUCGUGGCUCCUAAAGUGGAGGGCACCGCGUCAGGCUGGCUUAACAGAGCAGCGUUAAACUUCCCGCUCUCUGCAGUGGAAGGAUUACGAGCCUGUGCUGUCCGAGCCCAUUAAAGUUGAAUUGGUUGGCCCAAUUGAACAACCACUUUUU